GGUGUUUUUAGUGGUGGCUGGUAAGAAAUCAGAUGUUUCAGGCAUGACAUAAGUUGAAGCAGUAGAUGUGGAAGCAGUAGGCAUCUCAAGUUCUGGUGCCUUCGAAUCAGUGGAAUGUGUUGUCAAAUUAUGGAUUUCUGUUGCAGAAGAAGCUAUAUUUUCAAUCGGACAUUCACGUAUAGCGACAAACACUUGUGGAUGCUUGCUUUUUGUGUGUCUGAUUAGGUUGUAAGCACCACCGCCUUUGUAUGAAAAUUCUUUCUGACAAAAAUUGCAUUUGGCUUUAUCAUUUUUGAGGUCUUUAAAAAACUGCCAAGCUUUUGAGGAUUUUCUAUCACCAUCACCAGACAUACUGCGCAUGCAAAAAGCAAACAGAAAAAAUGUCAAAUAAAGUAAACAUCUGAAAACCGUUAUUAGCAGGGGAUAUUUUAUUUAUGUAGCCUGGUAACCCUUAAAUAGGGUAUCUAUUUUGAUUUGACAUACCUACACAAAUUAUAAAGUUGUAUGUACAAGACAUAAACUUUGUUUGUUGACAAUUGACAUAAACCCUGCCGCUGCCGCUCGCACCGCUGAGGUGUCUUGGCCAACGGACAAUCGACAUUCGCUAAAAUGUCUUUUACUUAAAUACUUUACUAACACCUAUAACUAUACAAAGUUUAUAGGUAUCUUUUAUUCAAAUGUAGUCAUAAACAAAAGUAUCAACUCAGACGAAUAAACAUAUUAAAACCAUAACAAAAUGAAAACACUAACACAAAGUAGCCAUACAAGCAAAAUAAAUAAGAAUUGAAAGUCAUUCAUAAAUCAUGAAUUAAUACAAAGACUUACAUACCUGAAUAUAUACCUAAAUAAAAAUAUCUAUUCACUUAAACUACACAAACGAAGUAUCAAAUUAAAAACUUUUGCACUGGUCACUGACUCAAGUACGUUACGAUAUUCAAAACACAUAUAAAUGGAAAGAGUUCGUUGCAAUGUGCGCCUCACAGUAUUUAUUAAUAUCAAUGUCAGCAACAUAUUUCCCUCUCGCUCGAGAUUCGAAACGCUGUCACGUAAUGUUCAUUUUAGAAUGACGUACUAUUCUAAUUUGUAGCAUGCAUUUCGCUCCCUCUCUUUCCUCAUAGUUUUACGCAGACGGAGAGUGAGUAAGGCGACUUCGCGACUGCCGCGACAUAAAAUUUGAAGUAGUACAUUAAAAAAUGCCGAGCCGCUCUUACAUUUUGACGUCAUGUCCGGGACAAAUGUAACGCCUCUUGUAUGUCCUACUCAACACUACUAUCCAGUACCGUUGCCAUCUCUCCAUAUUGCAUGACGUCAUCAAGCCAGGUUCGCAGAUAUUUCCGACAGGUUAUAAACAUGAAACACAUCUAUGAAUAGGAGUCUCUGGUUUUUCUCACUUACUAAUUAUAAGACAGCAGUGCUAUCUAUACACUCUUAUCUAUGGUGCUAUCCUGGUCAAUCCAACCCAUGACCAUAGAAAUAUGUUAUAUGUAUAUCUAAAAUGUCUCAUCUUACUUGUUUUUCAGGAGCAGGAUAUGCAGGGGGAAUUCGAUAACUCCAAUGAGGUUACCCUACUGGCCAUGUUUGAUGAACAUGGACAGCAAUUGGAGUGUCCAAGUCUCCCUUUAGGACCCGCACCUUCCACUGAGCCAGCACAAGUAAAUCCGCCAUUACCAGUGUCACCACCUUCUUCGCGAAAUGUUCGUCCAGAAGUGGUCGUUGUCGUUGAGCGGUUAGAUGAGGAGACCGGCAACGAGUACUUGUUGGCGGACCAGCAUGAAGUAUAUCACGAGAAGGUGGUGGCGAGUUCGAGUGGUGGUGCUGUGCGAGGCGUGCGGUUCCCAGCGACGGCACCAGCAGGCGGCAACGCUCUGUAGCUUAAACUAAUCUUUUUUCUCUACUUGGCUACUUUAGGAGAAGGGUAAUGUGUAUGCAUGUAUGGAUGUCUAUUUUUUUGGCACGUUCUGUAGCCUAAAUUAAUGUUUUUUCUUUACUUGGCUACUUCAGGAGAAGGGUAAUGUUUUUCGAGUAUGCAUGUAUGGAUGUCUUUUUUUGGCAUGCUCUGUAACUUGUUUGUUAUUCGAUUUACUUUAGUAAUUACUUACUAUUCGACAGUGACUAUUUGUCACACUAAUUGGUUUCAUACGCGUGUAUUUGAAAUACUGUAUGAUUUUAAUAACAGUAUUGUUCCAUUCAUGCAAAGCAUACACAGGGUUAUUUUUCAAAGAGUAGCCAAAUUUUAAACUUAAGUUCAAAUACAUAAAUAAUAACAUACCAUUAUUGCAGUUUUCGAAAAUACGAGUAAAUAAGGCUAAAGUUAACUUUUAUUCGAAAUUAUCCCAAAUUGAAUGUGAUUUAUAGGCCACAACAUUUAACUCCACCUAUCGACCGUUACGAAUGUGCACACAUUCGUACACUGUAAAAUUAGUGGGUUGGCUAUAGAUAUCCGGUACUUGAUUUUAGUUAUGUUUUCAACUUAGGAGGCUUGUCAGGGUUAAGCAUGAACAUUUUAAACUGUUUUUGAAUGUCGGAAAUGCGUUUUUAAUUAAUUAUGACAAAAAUAAAUUUCAAUAGAAUAGAAUAGAAUAGAAUAGAAUAUUUUUUUAUUCAAUAUACAUUACAUGUGUAAUUCUUAUUGAAAGUCAUUUUUUACUUUACCACUGGUUCGAAAAAACCCUCUGUCCUGGGAAGAACCAGCAAGAAACCCAGCGGGACUUUUUUUUUUAAAUAAAUUUUACAAUAAAAAUUCCGUAUAACGAAACGCAAAUAUGACAAUUUUGUAUAGUGUUAUGAGAUUAGAUGUCAAAAACAGAUGCAAAAAGUGUGAAUCGGAACGGUUGUUGACGGCCAUGUUGUCGGCAACCGUAAAUGUCAAAUAUAAUAUAUUAUCUAUGAUGUCAAAUAUAAAUUGUCAUUCCGUUUCUCUAGUAGUCACGCGAAUGUUCUUUUUUGUGCUUAGUGCUGUGUUUUCCCUGUUUUUUCGACGACUUCUGCUCUGUUUUUGGACUUCUUUGAUUGCCCUUACGUUUGACCUUGGCUUUGUUUCUGGUUUUGAUUGGAUUGCAUUACUUUGGACUUUGGCUUGCUUACCGGACCUGAGAAUGAGCGAUUACGAACCCGUAGCGGGGCCUUCUUCGGCAUCUGACGCUUUACUCAAGGAACCAUCACACAUCGACGAAGACUUCUCUGACGACGGCGACUAUGUGAAGCGUCGACUAUACGUGUCUGAGAUUAUGUUCAUGUGGAAUCUGUCGGAUAUUGUGCGUGAACUUGGAACGAACGAGCAAUGUGUUCGAUAUAGUGAGGAUGAAGGGCUGGUCCUAAAGGAACGAAAGUGCGGCAAACAUAAAACUAAUAUGAAAAUUUCAUACUCAAGUGGCUGCAAAUCGCUUGGUACUUUCAUAUGUGCUAAAGCAUCCUGUAAGGGGAAAGCUGGAGGCAGUGGAGUUAAAAUCUCACGACGACAAGGGACUUUUUUUGAAAAUGUAACUCUUGAUAUGCCCCACAUAUAUUACCUCAUAUAUGCAUAUUCACAAGGAUGGUCUAAUAAUCAAACAAUCCAUGAAGACCCAUAUAAACGACAGAGACAACAAUGUUUAAGCCCAAAUACAAUAUGUGAUUGGUACAAUUACUGCAGAGAGGUAGUUGUUAUUUACUACCUCGAGAAACAGAAUCAGUUUACUGGAAAGAUUGUACAAAUUGAUGAGAGCAAAUUUGGAAAACGAAAAUACAAUAAAGGACGUCACAUCGAAGGCCACUGGGUGCUCGGUAUGAUAGAAGAUGGGUCUGAGGAUCUCAGACUAAAGGUGUGCCCGGAUAAUAUUAGGUCUGCUGAGGUACUGGUGCCGCUUAUACAGAGACAUGUGGCGGCGGGUACCACAAUUCAUACUGAUUGUUGGCGGGCAUAUGAUUGUUUGGCAGAACACGGGUACACACAUAAAAAAGUUAACCACUCAGACCCAGACAAUCCAUUUGUGGCUGAAGAUGGGACUCAUACACAACGAAUUGAGUCGCAGUGGAGAGCAGUGAAGAGGUUUUUUAGAAAACAAAAUUAUAAUAAUUCUCAAAGUUUUACAGACGUGAUAGUAGAGUAUUUGUGGAGACUAAAUGUAGAAAAGUUUAAAAAGGAUCCAUUCAAAGAAAUUAUGCGAGCAAUAAAGCAUGUGUAU